UGUUUCUCUCGGUCCGCCUCUCCUCCCGACUCAAUUCAGCUGUUUCGUCGCGAAGCGUCCAAUUGGCGGAGGAAAGGGAAAGGAGAGGGGGGAGACUGAUGUUCUAGAGAAGGAAGAAAGUAAACGAAAUUAAAUAUUAACACCACCCGUCAGCGGAAAGUUGAAGCGGCACUACUUUGAAGUCGCCGCUUUGGUCCAUGCAGAGACAGCGUAUGGUGUAAACACGGUAGUGGAGUUGUGACAUUGCGCGGUGAGCGACACGGCAGAGGGAAAGGUCUCCUCCCAGGCUGUUGACGGAUACAGCUCGGCUCCAGUGAAAGGAGACACGGCCGGACCUGACUGUUCACUACCUCGGCCAGUGUUGAGUUCCCAGGAUGUCUUCGAAGGCGCACAGCUCCAACAGCAUCGCCCACGCCCGGCGGACGGUGCAGCAGCUGAGGAUAGAGGCGAGCAUCGAGAGGAUAAAGGUCUCCAAGGCCUCUGCAGACCUCAUGAACUACUGCAGUGAACAUGCCAGAAACGACCCCCUCCUCAUGGGCAUCCCCACCUCAGACAAUCCCUUCAAGGACAAAAAAACCUGCACUAUAUUGUAGUGGAUGCCACUUAGCAUUUAUGUGUUUUAUUGUGCUUAUUAAUGUCGCUGUACUCUUUUGUUGGGAUAAGUGCGGGGGGGAUGGUAUCAUUACGUUCACAUCUUCUCUGAGCAGGGUGUGAGCUCCACUAACUGGGAGACUUUGCUGCAUAAGUUAGCGUCCUCCUCAGUGAUGCGUUUGAUUCUUCUUAAUGUGUGUAAACAUGUCUCCUAUUCAUUCGACAGUGACUCUUUCUGUCUCUCUGAUUUGCCUUAAUGCAUUCAUACAGCCAAAGCUUCCCUUCAGAAUCUUAAAUACUUUAAAAUGUAAGGCGAGACACAAACAUUUCUCAUGCUCUUGUCCAUUUCUGAUUUUUAAAACAUUCAAAAUACACCUUAAGAUCAUUAUUUUACCCUUUCUGAGUAUGUGGAUUUAUCCUAAAUUCACCCAAAGUUAGCAUUUGAUAACGUCAUUAUUUUUGGCAUAUUUCUACAUACACUUUUUGUUUAAUACAAAAUACAAUUUUCUUAUUGUAUGUGAAUAAUUAAGGAAGUCUCAUACUGAUAUAUAUUAGUUUUCUAGAUAUUACUGUCACCUGCAAAGGCCAAAACCACUGUGUAUCUAUCACUAUCCACUGAGCCACAGCCUCCCUAAUAGGCCAUCUCUAAGCGGUUGACCAAUCAUUCAUAGCCUGAUUUAUAUGAAAUGUUAUUCCUAAAAGCGUUGUUAAAAACAUUUUUUUGAAUACAAAGAGAAAUCCAAAAUUCCCAGUAAAAAAAUCUUGAAUUUUGAAUGGCUGGCUUUAUCAAAGGCUAUUUGCAUAUUUCACAUAGAAUUUUGAAACAAUCCACCUGUAGUGUCUCGCCUUAAAUGAAUAAUAAUGGUUCAGACUUCCCAUCAGUGUUUUAGAGAUGAUGUGCAGUUUAGCCGUUAUUCAAAUGUUACCAUGAAGUAUCUUUGAUUAAUGACAGUGCUAGUAACACUCAGUAUUCUGCAUCGUGGCUCUGACUGGCCACGAUAAUCCACAUGCUGUUUAACCCCCCAUGUUCCUAACAGUUGCAGUAUGCACCAUGAUACAGUGUUGUCUUAAACUGAGUUAAUCACCAUUCUGGGAGAUUCAUUCCAUAUCAACAUCUUCAAUCCAAGAACAUCGGCUCAGAUUCAAACCAUUGGGAUGAUAUGACUGUGUUGUCAGCUGCACAAUAUGGAGUGAAUGAAGCAACAAUGAAAAAGCUUGCGCACAUUAUUUUAUAAUUUUGUAAUGAAGACCCCCGAGAACCAAGCCAAACCAAUGGUACUGCAUUUAAAAAACGAGUGGUGCAGUAAUGAGUACUAAAACCAGGAAAUGAGCUAGCAUGGUGAUGCGCAGUCAUACCAUAGCAACCCAGUUUCAUGGUAUUUCGUGUUAUAGUCACGAAAUGCAUCUAUUGAUUCGUGUUCACCAACACAAUUUCCAAAAAAAUAUGGUGUCACAGAACGAUUUUGGAAGCAAUGUCUUUCUAUUGAUAUUAUGUUUCAUUCCUGCACCCAAUAAUAACAAAUUAGAAGGAAAAAAAGAUAAAAAUACAGAUUUCAGUAUUCUAAGGCUCUGAGCCCCAUUUAUUUUCCUCGCGGACGGCAAACAAAGUCCGACAUUAUACGAUUUAAAAUAAAAACAAUAAUCGUGGCUUGAUAUUGAGUAAGAACAUGUUUUUAUGAACCCCACAGCUUCCGGUCUUCCAAGACCCGACCGGACAAAAAGACGUGCUGCAGGCACGAAACAUACUACCAAUAGAAAUACAUUGCUUUUAAAAUCGUUCUGUGUGACACGAAAAAAAUAUGAAUCAAUAGAUUACAUUUAUUUCGCGACUAUUACACAAAAUGCCGUGAGACUGGAUUGACCAUUGUGAUGUAGUUUAAUUAUAGCUUAGCUUUAGCUGAUAGAAUUGACACUUCAAUAAUCACAAAGCAGUGGAAAUGAUCCUGCUGAACAAAGUGUGUUAGUAUCAUAAAGGAGCCACAGAGCUUCAGAGAGGAACAAUCCCAUUGCUUUUUGUUAAGGCAGCGCUUUGCGAUGCUAACGUCCGGGUCAGCCUUCAAAAACAGGUCAUCACUACACCACUGGCGGGCGUCUGAAUGAGGCUAUUUGUAGCUCUUCCUGCUAGAUAACUUUCUGUGGUACGAUAUUUUUGGGACACGCAGCACUGUGAGCUACGCUAAACUUCAGUGUGGAGCGAAUGUGCUAUCCUAAAGUGCUUUUGGCAGAAGUGGUGUAAAGGUACAGGUGCAUUCGUAGUGUGCAUUAAUGACAACAACCACUCUCCCAAUUCUGCUCUUGAAUUUGAAACGUGUGUCGGUGCAGGCGUUCAAACUAACAUGUUGUGAUUCUCUGGGUGACAUGUGACAGAAACAUUUAUAAUGUCUUACACUUGUAAGCCUUACUUAUGUUUGCCUUGUAUUAUGAAGAGCUCUCCUCCCGGAGUACUUUCUUUAAAAAAAAGUUCUUAUCAAAUGUGUCUACCUGUGGGAGGAUUUGUAACACCACUGUGCCAUUUGUUUUCGUCUACGUGUCACUCGCCUGGUGCUCCACUCUUCAGUAUCCUUAUUCUCUUUUUAACCAGUGGGGUUUUUUAUGAUUGUCUUUUCUUUCUUGCAAUAAAUAAAUCCUACAUGCCUCUUAAAGAAAAGCUCAGAUCACCACAGCAAUGUCGUGAUUUUUCUGUCCAUUCAGCGACUCCGUAACGGCCUUACUGCACCACUGAUAGAUGAAUUUAACCGUCAAAAUCUGACCUUUGAUAAAUGUCUUUAUUAAUAUACCGAUCUUGUAUGACGACUUACCUGAGAUGUAUAAAGAGAAGCAUUCCUAAAGUUCUAUGCUGUGCUAAUAUCUCAAUAAAGAUGUCAGAAGAGGA